AUGCAGGAAUAUGGUGACAUGUCCCAUAGUAUCCUACAGGAUUUGAAAGAAUGUUUGAUAGCAUUAGAAAAAAUAAAGGAAUUCUACAAAAAGGCAGAUGGACCGCGUGAUGAAGCGUCCGAGCGAGCGGUGGUGAUCUUCACUUUGAGCUCCUGCUGCAUGUGCCAUACCGUGGCGUGGCUCUUUUGCGACCUGGGUGUCAAUGCACUGGUGCAUGAGCUCGACCAAGACCCCAGGGGAAAGGAGAUGGAGAGAGCUCUCCUCAAGAUGCUCGAGAAAGGCCCGUCUGUUCCAGUGGUGUUCAUCGGCGGGAAGCUUGUCGGCGGGACAAACAGGGUCAUGUCCAUGCAUCUUAGCGGCGAGCUCGUCCCAAUGCUGAGGAAUGCAGGUGCCCUCUGGCUAUAGAGGAAUGCAGGUGCCACCUGAGAAAUAAAAUUUUGUCAAAGAGUGUCAAGUAUAUGCAUUUUCUUAGAAUAACCUAACUAAUGGCCUGGUUAGCGUCGACCGAACUGGUUUUUUCAAUCCUGUUCCGACAAUAGCAAGGCUUAUAGCUCGCUAGGAGCGAGUUUUACGUACGAGCGACGUUCGUGUCGUAAUCCCAGCGCUAUUUGUGCAGGUGUACAAUCUUUUCUCAAAGAACCUGCACAACCUUUUCUCAAAGAGGUAGUUGAUAAAUAAAUGUAUAAACAAUUCAUUAUCAAA